AUGCUGGUGGGGCGAUUCAAGCAGAAUCGACAAUCCAGGAAGCAACUGACAAAGCUCCGCACACAGCUACUGCGUCAAGCCAUUCUUAAUAAUUACAUGUGUAAGGUAAAUCCUCCCAAAACAUGGAACAAAAAGAGGGUGAUACGGGAGGCGAAGAAGAAGGAGAAGGAGAUACAUCAUUUGGUGGAGGAGAAUCAUUAUGAUGAGCUAGAGGAUGAUUGGUUUCAGGUAGUGGGAGAUGUAGCAGGAGAGGUAGAGAUAGAGGAAGAAAAAGUGAACACGGAAAAGGAGGAUAUGUAUGAAGCGGAAGAGGUGGAGGACACAUUAGAGGAAAAGGUAGAGGAAGAAGAAGUGGAAGAGGUAGAGGAAGGAGAAAUGGAAUAUCAAGUGGAAGAAGAAGAUGAUGAUCUCCAGCAGGAGAAGGUGGAGAAUACACAGGUAGUGGAUGAGGUCGAAACGGAGGAAAUAAAAGAGAAGGAAAGUGAGAAGGUGAAAAUGGAAGCAAUUACAGGAGACAAAGAGACAGAUGAGUACUGUUACUUACAGGAAGACAUCAACACUAGAGAACAGAAUUUAGAGACUGAUGAAGACCUGAUAAGUUUGACCCCUGUUAAGGUAAAUGCUCCCAAAACAUGGAACAAAAAGAGGGUGAUACGGGAGGCGAAGAAGAAGGAGGAGGAGAUACAUCAUUUGGUGCAAGAGAAUCAUUAUGAUGAGCUAGAAGAUGAUUGGUUUCAGGUAGUGGGAGAUGUAGCUGGAGAGGUAGAGAUAGAGGAAGAAAAAGUGAAUGCGGAAAAGGAGGAUAUGUAUGAAGAGGAAGAGGUGGAGGACACAUUAGAGGAAAAGGUAGAGGAAGAAGAAGUGGAAGAGGUAGAGGAAGGAGAAAUGGAAUAUCAAGUGGAAGAAGAAGAUGAUGAUCUCCAGCAGGAGAAGGUGGAGAAUACACAGGUAGUGGAUGAGGUCGAAACGGAGGAAAUAAAAGAGAAGGAAAGUGAGAAGGUGAAAAUGGAAGCAAUUACAGGAGACAAAGAGACAGAUGAGUGCUGUUACUUACAGGAAGACAUCAACACUAGAGAACAGAAUUUAGAGACUGAUGAAGACCUGAUAAGUUUGACCCCUGUUAAGGUAAAUGCUCCCAAAACAUGGAACAAAAAGAGGGUGAUACGGGAGGCGAAGAAGAAGGAGAAGGAGAUCCAUCAUAUGGUGCAGGAGAAUCAUUAUGAUGAGCUAGAAGAUGAUUGGUUUCAGGUAGUGGGAGAUGUAGCUGGAGAGGUAGAGAUAGAGGAAGAAAAAGUGAACGCGGAAAAGGAGGAUAUGUAUGAAGAGGAAGAGGUGGAGGACACAUUAGAGGAAAAGGUAGAGGAAGAAGAAGUGGAAGAGGUAGAGGAAGGAGAAAUGGAAUAUCAAGUGGAAGAAGAAGAUGAUGAUCUCCAGCAGGAGAAGGUGGAGAAUACACAGGUAGUGGAUGAGGUCAAAACGGAGGAAAUAAAAGAGAAGGAAAGUGAGAAGGUGAAAAUGGAAGCAAUUACAGGAGACAAAGAGACAGAUGAGUACUGUUACUUACAGGAAGACAUCAACACUAGAGAACAGAAUUUAGAGACUGAUGAAGACCUGAUAAGUUUGACCCCUGUUAAGGUAAAUGCUCCCAAAACAUGGAACAAAAAGAGGGUGAUACGGGAGGCGAAGAAGAAGGAGAAGGAGAUACAUCAUUUGGUGCAGGAGAAUCAUUAUGAUGAGCUAGAAGAUGAUUGGUUUCAGGUAGUGGGAGAUGUAGCUGGAGAGGUAGAGAUAGAGGAAGAAAAAGUGAACGCGGAAAAGGAGGAUAUGUAUGAAGAGGAAGAGGUGGAGGACACAUUAGAGGAAAAGGUAGAGGAAGAAGAAGUGGAAGAGGUAGAGGAAGGAGAAAUGGAAUAUCAAGUGGAAGAAGAAGAUGAUGAUCUCCAGCAGGAGAAGGUGGAGAAUACACAGGUAGUGGAUGAGGUCGAAACGGAGGAAAUAAAAGAGAAGGAAAGUGAGAAGGUGAAAAUGGAAGCAAUUACAGGAGACAAAGAGACAGAUGAGUACUGUUACUUACAGGAAGACAUCAACACUAGAGAACAGAAUUUAGAGACUGAUGAAGACCUGAUAAGUUUGACCCCUGUUAAGGUAAAUGCUCCCAAAACAUGGAACAAAAAGAGGGUGAUACGGGAGGCGAAGAAGAAGGAGAAGGAGAUACAUCAUUUGGUGCAGGAGAAUCAUUAUGAUGAGCUAGAAGAUGAUUGGUUUCAGGUAGUGGGAGAUGUAGCUGGAGAGGCAGAGAUAGAGGAAGAAAAAGUGAACGCGGAAAAGGAGGAUAUGUAUGAAGAGGAAGAGGUGGAGGACACAUUAGAGGAAAAGGUAGAGGAAGAAGAAGUGGAAGAGGUAGAGGAAGGAGAAAUGGAAUAUCAAGUGGAAGAAGAAGAUGAUGAUCUCCAGCAGGAGAAGGUGGAGAAUACACAGGUAGUGGAUGAGGUCGAAACGGAGGAAAUAAAAGAGAAGGAAAGUGAGAAGGUGAAAAUGGAAGCAAUUACAGGAGACAAAGAGACAGAUGAGUACUGUUACUUACAGGAAGACAUCAACACUAGAGAACAGAAUUUAGAGACUGAUGAAGACCUGAUAAGUUUGACCCCUGUUAAGGUAAAUGCUCCCAAAACAUGGAACAAAAAGAGGGUGAUACGGGAGGCGAAGAAGAAGGAGAAGGAGAUACAUCAUUUGGUGCAGGAGAAUCAUUAUGAUGAGCUAGAAGAUGAUUGGUUUCAGGUAGUGGGAGAUGUAGCUGGAGAGGCAGAGAUAGAGGAAGAAAAAGUGAACGCGGAAAAGGAGGAUAUGUAUGAAGAGGAAGAGGUGGAGGACACAUUAGAGGAAAAGGUAGAGGAAGAAGAAGUGGAAGAGGUAGAGGAAGGAGAAAUGGAAUAUCAAGUGGAAGAAGAAGAUGAUGAUCUCCAGCAGGAGAAGGUGGAGAAUACACAGGUAGUGGAUGAGGUCGAAACGGAGGAAAUAAAAGAGAAGGAAAGUGAGAAGGUGAAAAUGGAAGCAAUUACAGGAGACAAAGAGACAGAUGAGUACUGUUACUUACAGGAAGACAUCAACACUAGAGAACAGAAUUUAGAUACUGAUGAAGACCUGAUAAGUUUGACCCCUGUUAAGGUAAAUGCUCCCAAAACAUGGAACAAAAAGAGGGUGAUACGGGAGGCGAAGAAGAAGGAGAAGGAGAUACAUCAUUUGGUGGAGGAGAAUCAUUAUGAUGAGCUAGAAGAUGAUUGGUUUCAGGUAGUGGGAGAUGUAGCUGGAGAGGUAGAGAUAGAGGAAGAAAAAGUGAACGCGGAAAAGGAGGAUAUGUAUGAAGAGGAAGAGGUGGAGGACACAUUAGAGGAAAAGGUAGAGGAAGAAGAAGUGGAAGACGUAGAGGAAGGAGAAAUGGAAUAUCAAGUGGAAGAAGUAGAUGAUGAUCUCCAGCAGGAGAAGGUGGAGAAUACACAGGUAGUGGAUGAGGUCGAAACGGAGGAAAUAAAAGAGAAGGAAAGUGAGAAGGUGAAAAUGGAAGUAAUUACAGGAGACAAAGAGACAGAUGAGUACUGUUACUUACAGGAAGACAUCAACACUAGAGAGCGGAAUUUAGAGACUGAUGAAGACCUGAUAAGUUUGACCCCUGUUAGAAUAUGCCAGGACAAGAACUGUAGCUGUUCCACUUUAUGGUCUUCUAACGAAUUACCCAAUAGUUAUCAACAGUAUUAUUACGAAAACUGGCACAGCAGCGCUUUUCCUGAAAAACAAGUGUUCACUGAUCUGGCAGAGUGCAUGUCCUCGCCCGUACCUACUGAUGGUGAAGACUUUAGGUAUUACACGUAUCUAGAGUCAGAGGACGAAGAGAUGUUAGAAAAGUCAUGGAACGAAUGUUUUGAAACUCAAGAAUCUCAUCUAGGGCAAGAUGCGGUAGAGGCAAACAUGUCUACUGGAUCAGUUACGCAUAAUGAAGGUGCACACAUUGAAGAGUCUCAGUUUGAGCCUCACAGACAAUAUGGCUGGAAAAGACUAAAAUUAACAGCAGUUUCAACAGUUUUUGAUGUCCUUAAUCCUUCGCAAAAUCUGUCCAAUAAGCGUAAGAAAGGAAUUGGCUUGCCAAAACCAGGGAUACUUUUGAACAGAACUUCAACAGCAUCAAAAUCUAAAGCUGCAGAAACAGAAACAGUGGCUGCAUUAAAGCGAAUAGUAGCAGAAUUGGAGGCAGAGCAUCUAAAGUUAAAAAAAGAAGUGGAAGAAGACAAGGGAAGCCUCUCAUUUCUCUCAGCGGAACAAAUUUCUAAUACAAGAAAAAAUGCAAAUGCUAUUAAACAGUGGUCUGAUGCAGUUGAAGCAGUGGAUGAAAAUAGUAGAAUGUGCUGUAUGAGCAUUGAUGAGAUGGAAAUUAGUGGUACAAAGGAUUUUGAUAACAUAAGCAAGAAGUUUGUAGGAAAUGUAACAUUAGAUGCUAAAGAAGUAACAGGAAACCAUUACACAGGUGUUCUUCUCUGA